AUUUUACAAGUUCGUUAAUAUUUUUUUUAUCCUGGGUGAAAAACAAUUUGUUUGGUGACAUCCUGCUAAAUGGAGCAGGUCAAGAAGAGACCAGAAUUGCUUCAUUGCAAUCAGUCUCAUAAUAUAUUGAGAUACUUAAUGCUCAGAGACUUUGGAUUUUUAUAUUAUAAUUGUUAUAAAACUAAGACACGUGAAUUAGAAUUAAUGGCUGAAAUAAUUCUAGUUGAGAAAAGUUAUAAAGAAUUGGAAUAUGAUUUGCCUGGAUAUCCUAGAGCAACAUUUUUAAUGGUUUUCAGUCCCGAUCGCACUAAAAUGGCAUCAGCACAUGGAAAUCACAGUGUUUAUAUUACUGAUGUAGCAACUAGAAAAAAUAUUAAAAUUCUUUCUGGUCAUCCACGUACUCCAUGGUGUAUUACAUUUCAUCCUUCUUCUAGUCACAUAUUAGCAUCUGGUUGCCUUGGUGGUCAAGUUCGCGUUUGGGAUUUAAGAGAUGGUAGUAAAGUUUGGAAUGCAAAAAGUCAGACAGUCAUAGCAUCUCUUGCCUUCCAUCCAUCUGAAAAAUUACUUGUUAUAGCAACAAAUAAUGAAAUACAUUUUUGGGAUUGGAGUCAAUCUGAACCUUUUGCAGUAAUUUCUACUAAGACCAACUUAGAAAAAGUAAGAUAUGUAGCUUUUGACAAUUUAGGAAGAAAAUUAAUCACAGGCAUUGGAAAUAGUUAUAUAAGAGAAUUAAGAAUAUUCAGAACUGCUGGAACAGAGCCUUCACAUAGUACUCAAUCCAGCUUCUGUGGUACUGUAAUAAUAGGUAAUAAUGAAAGCUCUGGACCACAAUUUAUCAAUAAUUCAAGGUUACGAACAGGAAGAAGAGGGGAACUAGUUCUUCCAUAUGAUGACGAAAGACCUUUUCAAGGAAUUUCCAGUUACCGUGUACAAGCAUGGGACUUUUCUAAGGGAGAAAUACCAGAUAUUACGAACUCUGAGAAAAAUAUUGUAAUAAACAAGUGCAGAAUUCGUAACGACGCCAGUGUAAAUAUUUCUUCGGAUGGAAAACUAUUGGCAACCUGUUUUAUGAGGGCUGCAGGAGUCUAUAGUUUACAAUGGGAAACAUUAGGAGAAGAAAUUUAUUGUACAAAAGUAUAUAGUCCUGUGGUGUCAGUAUCAAUUUCACCAACACAAGAACACCUUCUAUUAGGUUUAGCAAGUAGCGGUAUUGGAAACGAAUAUAUUAUGGCUAUCAUUUAUAGACUAAAACACACAAAUAUUUAUUAUAAUAAUAUAAGAAAAUAUUUACAUGUUAUGGCUAAAAAUAACAGUAUGACGUGGGUUAGAAGUUUAUUACAAAAUAAUCAAUCAACUAGGGGACACACAAGUAUAAAUUGUAUCAGAUGGGCACCACAACCUGGUCAAGGUCUAAUUUAUGCUACAAAUACUGGUCGAUUAGCUAUUCUUCAUUAAUAUAUUUGUAAUAUUAUUGUAAAAAAGAAAUUUGACUUCAUAUCAAUGCGACUGUUUUUAUUGAG